CCAGUGCGCAGGCGCAGGCUUCAUGUUGCGCGCGGCGUCUCGCGCCGUGGCUCGCGCCGCCCUUCGCUGCGCGCGACGUCCGGGGCCUCCCGCCCCGAGUCCUGCCGCGGCUGCCGCCACCAUGUCGGGUCCGCAGAGCGACGCCUCGGCCCCCGCGGCCCGGCCGGCCACGGUGCUGGGCACCAUGGAGAUGGGCCGCCGCAUGGACGCGUCCGCCAGCGGCCAGGCGGUCCGCGUCUUCCUGCAGCGCGGCCACUCCGAGCUGGACACGGCGCUUUUGUACAGCGGCGGCCAGACCGAGAGCAUCCUGGGCGGCCUGGGGCUCGGGCUGGGCGCGGGCGGCUGCGCAGUGAAAAUCGCCACCAAAGCCAACCCCUGGGAGGGGAAUUCUCUGAAAGCCGACAGUGUCCGCGCCCAGCUGGAGACGUCGCUGAAGCGGUUGCAGUGCCCGCGGGUGGACCUCUUCUACCUGCAUGCCCCUGACCACAUCACCCCCGUGGAAGAGACGCUCCGUGCCUGCCACCAGCUGCACCAGGAGGGGCAUUUCGUGGAGCUUGGCCUGUCCAACUUCGCAGCCUGGGAGGUGGCCGAGAUCUGUACCCUCUGCAAGAGCAACGGCUGGGUCCUGCCCACGGUGUACCAGGGCAUGUACAACGCCACCACCCGGCAGGUGGAGACGGAGCUCUUGCCCUGCCUCAGAAACUUUGGACUGAGGUUCUAUGCCUACAACCCUUUGGCUGGAGGCCUCCUGACUGGCAAGUACAGAUACGAGGACCAGGAGGAGAAGCAACCUGUCGGCCGCUUCUUUGGGAACAGCUGGGCAGAGGUCUACAGGAACCGCUUCUGGAAGAAGCACCACUUUGAGGCCAUCGGCCUGAUGGAGACGGCCCUGCAGGCUGCCUACGGCUCCGCCGCCCCCAGCAUGACCUCGGCCGCCCUGCGCUGGCUGUACCACCACUCACAGCUCCAGGGGGCCCGCGGGGAUGCGGUCAUUCUGGGCAUGUCCAGCCUGAAGCAACUGGAGGAGAACCUGGCUGCCACUGAGGAAGGACCCCUGGAGCCCGCGGUGGUGCAGGCCUUUGAUCAGGCCUGGCACAUGGUGGCCCACGAAUGUCCCAACUACUUCCGCUAGGCCCCUCUGACGAGGCUGCCAGGGAGGGGCUCUUUCUCGUCUGCCACCUCUCCCCUUGGCCUGGCCAGCCCUGCCUUAAUCUGGUUCCUGUGGUCCUCUUGAUCCUCUGGGCCCUGAUAUAUUGUUCUAAGUUCCUGCCUCACCCCUGAAGCCUUCAUGAUGUCUGCAGACUGGAGCUGAGCCCUGGAGGGUGUGUCCUGUCUGAAUAAAGCCAGGUCAGCCUG